GCGUUUGUAGCCAAUUUAGGCCACACGCUUUUCUUUUUAUGGUGAUAUUGAAAGCCAAAUUGUGGUGCUGGUUAGACCGGUUGAUGUAAGACUGACUUUGGUCAAUGUAUGAAUUGUUUAUGCCAAUUUUGAACUACACAUGCGGGAAACCUAUACAUUGUGAACCUUACAUGUAUGCCCGUGGAUGAGGCAAUAGAUGGGACAAGGCCUGAUCUUCAUGCAGAAGCCUAGCUAAGUCAAAUGAGACGUGUUAUAUAAGAUUUAGUUCAUUUGCGUUGGAAAGUGGUUAUUUUUUUCGCUAUAUGCCUAUACGCUAUAUUCUUCGUAUUACUAGUGACAAAAUGAAUAUUCAACUAUACAUUGAUAGUUGGUGUACAACUUUAAACAACCAGGCAGCAAGUGUUCCGCCUGAACUCUGAAGUUUAGUAAACUUGCGUUUUGAUUGUUCUUAUCUACGUGCUUGUCAUAAUACAUCUCAACUCUUUCCAUCUAUUUUUGCCAAAAUGAAUUGUGCUUGCAUCGAGUCUCAUACAGGGGGCGCUCGUACUUAAUGUCAGCCCGUCUCCAGCUGUUGGGUUGGCGGAGCGCUGCUGUGAUUCACAGCUGUAGAUCUUCAGUUCGCUGCUCGGUCAGGGAUGCUGACGGGACAUGUCAAGAGAAGAGGCGAGUGGAACCUAACUGCUCCUGGACUUCUUUUCUUUUACAACAAACAUACAAACCCAUCUCAAAGGACGACCUGACUGCCCAAGAGGGUUUAAAGGAAACAUAAUCAUUCUGGUGUUAAAUCCUUUAACUUUAAGCUGCGGAGCGCAUUUUGAUAUACUGGUGGAUCAUCGUAAUGUUUUCAGAGGGAGGAAGCUUGACUUUUCUUACUGGGCUUUUGAUCUUGGCGCUGUCAUGUGAAGCGAGAGGUCCACCAUGGGUCAGUCGCCAGGUGGAGGAGAGGCCAACAGCAAGACUGGGCCGCACGGUUCGACUGCCGUGCCCGGUGAAGGGCGACCCGCCUCCGCUGGUUCUUUGGGUGAAGGAUGGGAGGAAUGUGCACCCUGGAUGGAGCCGCUACAAGGUUCUAAAGACGAGCCUUAAGAUCAAAGAAGUGGAGCUUGAGGAUGCUGGAGAAUACAUCUGCCGCGUCACCAACGGAUUUGGCAGCAUCGCGCUCAACUUCACACUAAUUGUAAUUGAUGAUGCAGCUGUGCAACCGAACCAGCCUCCCCCAGCCACUGAAGAACCAACCGGAGAGCCGUGGGUGAAGCCACGCUUCAGUCAGCCCACAAAGAUGCGCAGGCGAGUUUUGGAGCAGCCUGUGGGCAGCUCGGUGCGUCUCAAGUGUCUGGCCGAUGGCAUUCCAACACCGGUCAUCACAUGGUGGAAAGACCUGACUCAGCUGCCCAGCCCGCACCAGAACAAGCGCCCACUGUGGACUCUGACUCUGAAGAACCUUCAGCCUCAGGACAGUGCCAAGUAUACUUGUCACGUCUUUAAUGUAGCUGGGCACAUCAAUGCUACAUACAAAGUGGAUGUAAUUGAGCGCACAAACUCGAAGCCCAUUCUCACUGGUACCCAUCCUGUCAACACAACUGUGGAGUUUGGUGGAACAGCUUCUUUCCAGUGUAAAGUUCACAGUGACGUGAAGCCAGUGGUCCAGUGGCUGAAGCGAGUCGAUCCUGGCACAGAGGGGCGCUAUAACUCCACGCUGGAGGUUGGUGGUCAGCACUUUGUUGUGCUUCCCACCGGGGACGUGUGGUCCAGACCUGAUGGUUCCUAUCUUAACAAACUGGCCAUCAUCAAAGCACGAGAUGAAGAUGCUGGGAUGUAUAUCUGUCUUGGGGCUAAUACCAUGGGAUACAGUUUUCGCAGUGCCUACCUUACUGUUCUCUCAGAUCCCAAAGAGGAAAAGCCAGUUAUUCCGCGGCACAUCAGCCCCGGUCUUCCCUGGCCCCUGAUUAUUGGCAUCCCAGCUGCAGCGCUCCUCAUCGUUGGAGCCAUUGUGCUCUGGCUGUGCCACAGCCGUCGACGCCAGAGCGCUUUUCCUCCCAGACCGACGGUGUAUCGAGACCACCAUAUUCCAGACAAAGAACUCAGCAUCCCCAGCAGCAUCAUGCCUGACCUGCCCAGCCAAAGACUAAUGGGCCCUCCAGCCCUCAGUUGUCCACCAAAGAUUUACACCAAGGUCUACACAGACAUGCACACCCACACACACUCCCACGCACACAUGGAGGGGAAAGUGCACCAGCAUUUUCAUUACCAGUGUUAACCGGUUACCUACAGCUUUAUCAAUUGACUCAUGCUGCUCUCAGUCUUCCCACAAGCUAAGUGCCAUCACUUGAGGACCACAAACUUUAGAGUAGAGCUACAUAGGAACCCAUGAGUAGUGAUGAAAGAGGAUCUGUGAAAUUUGGACCAACAUUCUUGAUGUGUUCGAUCUGGUGGAUCCCCUUUACUUUAUGAUGUCUCAGGUCAGGAACAAAAGCAUCACUCUGUGUGGCCCUAACAUUUCUUUGAGGUUCUAUGGUUCAGCUCAGAGAACUGUGAAAUAGAAGAAGCAACUACAGAGGACAACUACAGAGGAACUUUUUAAAUUUAGAGAAACUGUGAUGAUCUGUUAUGAAUGCUAGUAGCACUAGCAAAGCUGUUUACAAUGCGUUUUGAAUUUGUCCGUACAUAAGCAAGAUGUGGUGUUUUCUUUGCUCCUUUUCUUGUUUGUUUUGUAAAGAUGUUGUGUUAUUGUGUGUUAUUGUAAGACGUUGAUGUCAGGGAAACUGGAUGGAUGACUAAAUGGAAGAGGGGGGUAAGGCCUUCUGUAUUUUUUGCAUUGAGCUCAUCUUUUUAAUAACUACAGUAUUACUUAAACGUACCUUCUCUAUGCCAAAGCAAUCACACUGUUUUUGCAAACCUUAAUAUUACUCAACUUUUAGAUGGCUGUAACCAUAAUCAUUGAAACCAGAGCUAGUCACCUGUUGCUGCCUUCGUGAGCCAUGCUCUCUACAAAAUCUAUAAAUGUGAGAACUUGUUUAUCUGAAAUACUGCAUGCUGAAAUUGUACUUUGGUGCUCAUGUUAGUAUAUUUUAAUAGUAUUUUUGUAAGAAAUAAAUCAUUUUCUAUU